CAGUGGUACCUGUCAAACAGUCCGCUGCUCGUCAGUGCUUCAGCCGCAGCUCUGUCAGCGCACAGCGGACACCAAACUCAGACCAAAAUGCGCCUGGUGUUUUUUCCUUUUUGGUGAAGACGGCAGCGCGCGAGAGGACAUCAGUGCGCGCACCCGCUGUUCCGCCCGUGAGCUGCGUCCUGCGGCACGGCGCAAUGAGAGCCGGGAGAAUUAAGUAGACCCGGGGUAUGGACCUGGGACAGCGGCUCCCGAGAAAGACACCGGCUGCAGCGUGGACACAAAAUGGGCACGGGAGCAGCAUGACCUACUUCACGCGGGGCCUCUUGGACGCGUCUCCGGGACAUGGACACAUUCCUGUCAAGCACCGCGCUGUCAAACCUCGUAACGGGAACAAGUGACCUUCAGUCGGAGGAGUUCGCGCUGCGGGACUAUGCACAGCGAGCCGUGAGAAUGCGCUGAGGACUCUACCAUUCAUUUGUGCUCCCUAUGUCCUAUGCAAAGACAAGAAUUGAAACCUGAAGGGCAGCUGACCUUUACGGACACUUCAGGGUAAAAGAAGAAACCAAAUGAAACAGUUUAGCCAAUUUUAUUAGAUUUUUUUUUUUUGCUUUAUGUAACGCAUAAUAGCCAUUCUGUGAUCUCCUCCACUGGAUUAUAGACCAACUAAGCUCUUUGGAUUACAGCCUGCAGCACUCAAUACAUGUGCUAAAAGCCAGCUAUAAAAGGUCUGAUUUUUUUUUCUGUCUCUGAGCCUAAAUGCCUUAUCCGUGAACGAACGUGCAGUCGUCAGCAAUAAAGCCAACAAGCAAAUAAGAACAUUUAAAUCCAGUGUAAUGCCUGUCGCGCUCUAGCUUCAGUCCAUCACCAUGCUUCUCAACUGCGGCCAGCCCCUUCCCCUCCUGAGGCACACCGAUGUUCCACCUCGGGUCAUCGAGAACUUCAUCCUGACCGGCUACCGUUUCCCGAACUACAGCCUCAAGGACUGCCUCCUGUCCGCUUUCAGACCCACCAACGAAACCGGAAACUUCUGGACGCACUUCCUCCCGCUUUUCGUCUUCUUCUACCACUUCGUCGAGGUGUUCGGUUGGGAGAACACGCCCGACGGUGACGACCCGUUCUUCUACCCGUUGUGGAACUACUUCAUCGGGGUGUUCUGUCUCCUCAUGGCGAGCAGCUUGGCGCAUCUCCUGAAUUCAAUGUCCAUCGUAGUUAGAGAAGUUUGUUUCUUUGUGGACUACGGGACAAUUAGCGCAUACACUGUCGGAUCAUCUCUUGCUUAUUACUUCUACAUCCAUCCUAGAGCCGGACUGGGCGAGACGCGAGAACAAAACGGCUCACUGGUGGAUUCGAAACAAGAAACUUCGACGUCUUCCUAUGCAACUCCAGAUCUGAGUAUUUUCUUUGAGACCUUCUACAUUCCCAGCGCGUGUUUGGUCGCCAUUGUUUGCGUCUUAUCCUGCUGCAACACUCGUCAAAGAUGGAGAAAACACCGCUACGUUAUCCGAACCAUGGUUUUUCUUCUGCCGUUCUUCAUCUCCUCAGCGCCAGUGUUCUACCGACUUCUCACCAGAUCGCCAUAUCCGGUGAAGUCCUCCUCGUUUGCGUCGUCCAGCACCAUGGCGAUCUUCUUCUACCGACAUUGCUUCUGGUUGUUGCUGUCCGCCGUGGUCAACAUCAGUAAAGUCCCGGAGCGUCUGGCCCCCGGUCGGUUUGACAUCUGGGGGCACAGUCACCAAUGGUUCCACUGUUUUACGUUUCUGUCGAUCCUGGAUGAGCUUCACAUGAUCAAGGCGGAGGUGAAGGCCAUUCUGCUCAGCCCGUCCUUGCUCCUUCCCCCUGGCGUCUCGCCGCGGCUCCCCGGUCCCACCGUAGCCUCGACGUACGGGGUGAUGCUGCUGCUCCAGACCACCAUCGUCUCCAUUAUCGUGUGGUUCUCCUGGAAGGCCAACUGCAUCUACGGACCUCAGCGGGACCAGCUGGAAAAGGAACACAUGAAGAACCACGCAAAGUGUCACUGAUUGGCAAACGUACUUCAAUUCUUUGGUGUUUUAUAACGAAAGGCUGGGCGAUAUGGCAAUAAAAAAUCCAAUUGAAAAGGAUGAUUUUGACGAUGCGCUAUGUCGUCACUAUCGUCAUAUUGUGAUUCAGAAAUUUCCAAUUUAAUGCACGCUGAAAAACAAGACACUUUUCCCAACUAAUCCUCCUUUUAGUCAGGCUUUGAGUGAGUGACAGGUGGAAUUAACCAAUCAGAGUGAAGUGUGAACAUUUAAGGCAAUAAAAACAUUAACAUGAAUCGUGAUAGAAUCGAAAUCAUGAUUUGGAUUUACUCAAAUGAUUCUAUUAUUUUUUUGCAUAUCGCCCGCCCAUAAAUCAGAUUAAUAUCGAAACUGAAGCAUUUAUUUAAGUAUUUAUUUAAAAAUACUUGUGUAACUAGAAAUUAUAGACUAAUUUGCUUCAAACUAAAGUCUUGAAAAUUACUGAUCUUGAAGCUAAUUUCUCGUACAAUUCCAUCCAAAACUAUAAUUUCCUUUGAUUUCGCACUAAAAUCUGUAAUCAAGGUAACUCCUUAAACAUAUUGCGUGGGUUGUGUAAGCAUGUCAUGCCACAGAACAUAUUACUCCCUUCCUUCCUGCCCCUUGAGACCAAACUGUAACAUCAAAGAGGUGGACCUAGAGAGAGAUUAAAAGAUCAGACUAGACGGAGCAGAAACUGGAAUACCACUCUGCUCGUGCAUGUUGGAACAGGGAGAGUGUCAUAACAGCUGCCUUUUAAUGCCUGAGGUGCAGUGGUGGAAGGUAACGAAAUACAAAAGUAAAAGUAAAACAUUAAGUAAAAUUUUUAGGUAUUUGUACUUAAGUAAAUUUGACAGUGGAUGCUUUUCUUUAUGGUUUGAGACCUGCUGAAAUGGCUGAGACUUAUUUUUAGGACAUUUAAUUUGAGUUAACAUCCAAAAUUUGAGCAGAAAGUAGAAAAGUAAAGUAGAAAAAUGAAGAAAUCAGUUGAAUCACGUAAAAUCAGCUACAUUUUUAAUCAGAAUCACUACAUUUUCAUCAGAGGUGGACUCGAGUCAGACUUGAGUCACUAUUUUUACGACUUGAGACUUGACUUGAUAAAAUGGACUAAGACUCAGGACUCGACUUGGACUUGAAGGUCAGUGAUUUGGGACUUGACUCGGACUUGAGGCCUGUGACUUGAGAAGACUUGAUGCUUUUCCUAAAAAAAUAUGUUUUUAGAAAAUACUUUUCUCUUUACAGUUAAUUCAUGUGGCGUUUAAGUUUACAGAAACAAACUGGAACAUGUCCCUCCCACUUCUGUUUAUUACUUUGGAUGUAACUGAAGUACUGUGAUGUGGUAUCCACAAAUGUACUACAGUAAUAUACAAUAAUAUAAAGUACAAUACAGUAAUAUACAGAACAAUACAGUAAAACAGAGGGAACUACAUAGAACAUGAUCCUUCGUGACAAAACAACUCUUCUUAAGCACUUUUAAAUCUGAAUUCUUUCUAUUCUGGUCAUAAUGAUUCACACUAAGCUCUUGUCAAGGCAUUUAAAAAGGAACAAUUUACAUUUCUACUACUCUUAUAUAAAUAAUCAUAUAAAAAUACCAUGACUUUUUAAGUAGAAAUGAGCUUAAAAAUCAUAUAAAUUGCAAAAAUCUAAGGUAUAUUUGGUGCCUUGGUUUAAAUAACUUGAAGCUCAAAUUAGACAACUUGGACUUGACUUGGACUUAUGGGCCAGUGACUCAAGACUCGACUUGGACUUGCCUGUUUUUGACUAGGGACUUGACUUGGACUUGAGGUCAAAGACUUGAGACUUGCAAAACAACGACUUGAUCCCACCUCUGCGUUUUAUGAUCUAAAAAUCUCAGCAAAAUACUUCUACAUGCAGGUACUUCAAGAUUAUUUCAUAGUUUGACACUUUUAAUUGAGUAAACUUCUGCACAUGUGUCCACACUUUUACUUUAAUCCACCACUGCUGAGGUGUUGGAAAGGGAAUGUUCCUUUGUAAGCCUUUAGUCAUGUCAUUAAAUCAGCUAUAGCAUGUUUUCACACGAUACUUCCUCUUUCACUUCCACUUCCUGCGACCUAAAUUAUAAUCACCCUCACUCUUUAUCUACUCGUGCUAAUCGUUUGACCUAAGUUAGCCUUCGACGAACUUUUCUAACUCUCUUUCUGUCGUGUUAUAAGUGGCGCACAGGAAGCGUGGUGGCUUCCGGUGGCCUUGUGGAGCUCGAUCAGAAAAUGUGAAGCACUUUUAGGAGCCCACUUGACCUCCUCUGCUGUUCAGAAGCCAUGUUUGCUGUCAUAGUUUGUUUUUCUAGACUAAACCUAUGUCUUUGGACUUUAAAGAUGAUGAGUGUAUCCAUGCUGCAGUUAUUACAAGCGCUAUAUUAUCAUUGUCUAGUACUGUAUUUGCUUAGGUGGACCACAAAAAGCUCCAAGCCUGACGCAACGCUCUUAGAUUCUCAAUCAGACUUCUUUUUUUUUUUUUGCCAUUUAAAGGUGCACUAUGUAGCUUUUCAGAUGCCUGCUUGUUUCCAUGGAGAUGUUAUUGCCUGGUCUGGAGUCUUACAUAGUACAAGAUCCUAUAUUACACAAAAUGGAUUCUUGUGAACGGAGUUGUAUUUUGUUUCACUGAUACAUAUCGAGUAAUCCUGCAUUAUUUAUAGAGUAAUAUUAUAGGCCGUUUAAACCAGUGUUUCCCAAAAUUUUAUUUAAAACCCAAACCUAUAUUUUGAAAGUCACAAACCUUCGUGACCCAAGUCAAUAGACAUUAUUCAUAAAUCACAAAAUAAAGGUGGAUUUGACCAUUAUUGAACAUUAAUGAGGAUAUUUUAUUGUUGACUAUUUUUAGGACUUGAGGCUUGACUUGAUAAAAUAGAUCAAGACUUGGGACUCAACUUGGACUUGAAGGUCAGUGACUUGGGACUUGACUCUGACUUGUGACCUGUGACUUGAGAAGACUUGAAAAGCACUUUUAAAUCUGAAUUCUUUCUGUUUUGUUCGUAAUGAUUCACUCUAAGAUCUUGUCAAGACAUUUAAAAAAUUUGCAUUUCUACAACUCUUGUAUAAAUACUCAUAUAUAAAUAUACUAUGACUUUUUAAGUACAAUUAAGUUUAAAAUUCAUAUAAAUUGCAAAAAUCUAAGCUCUAUUUGGCACUUUGGUUUAAAGACUUGAAAUGACUUGAAGCUCAAAGCAGACGACUUGGACUUGACUUGGACUUAUGGGCCAGUGACUCGAGACUCGACUUGGACUUGCCUGUAUUUGACUCGGGACCUGACUUGGACUUGAGGUCAAAGACUUGAGACUUAAUUUAGAUUUGAAAAACGACGACUUGGUCCCACCUUUGCUCUGAACAACUAGUAUUACUCAUAUAAUUACAAAAAGAUUUGAAAUUAUACAAAACAUGUCUUAACAUUUCAGCAUUUCUAAUGAGAUAGGUGGGCAGGAGGAGAGCGCAGCAGCAGAUCAAAUGCAGAAUUCAGUCUGUUUCUGUGCUUUGUCUUCAUUUUUGUGAGCACAGAAAAUCCAUAUUCACACAGAUCGGUAAUAGUUGCAGAUUUAUAUGCAGAUCGUGACAAGGCGACUCAAAAAAUAUCUCUUGCGACCCACCUGAGUUUCAUGAUCCAGUCUUUGGGAAACAAUGCUUUAAACUAUCUAUCAGCAGAGGAUGCUACCAGGCUAAGUUAUGAGUCAGAUCAGUGGAAAGGCGACCCCGCUCACAGAAAGAACAUGUGUUUUUCAAGGUAUUUUUAAGCAAUAUGAACACCCGUAAAAUCUAAAUGCAAGGUGAAAUUGUUUAAUGCCACAAUGUGAAACACUCCAGGCAAAGCAAUAACAUCUCCAUGGAGACAAGCACCAGAAAAGUUACAUACUGUAGCAUAUUUUUACCCUUAGGGGGAAGAAGUCUGUUCCUUGUAAAUACAUCGUUCAUUUUUAACUUAAAUAUGUAACAGAAGAGUGUGAUUUGAUCUGCAGGACUCACUUAAAGACUUUACCACAGUGCGCACAGACUCGUGUGAUUGACAGGGCAUCCCUUUUAAAGCCAUAAUUUAUACGUAAAAUGACCCUGGGGUCGUUUUCCAAUCCGUCCUGAGAGGAGCUUCUAAACUGUCCAUGAAAUUUGCAAAAGAAUGUGAGUUAUGGAUUUUCCCUACAGACUCGGGGUUAUCAAGGUAUAUUUAGUCAUAAUAUAUCACUUUUCUGGUGGAGGCUUCUCCACGCUUGUCUCCAUGGAGAUGUUAUUGCUUGUCUGGAAUGUUCCACAGUAUGUUAUUAAAAGUGUCUGUCACCAUAGAGCCAAAACAGAUGACAACAUUAGGUCAGUUUACAAGUCUGUCACGAUAAUAGUUCAAUAUACGAAAGAUGGAACAAUAUAUUUUGGGACUCAAUAUUUAUCAUCUCGCAAAAAUGGGGAAAGUUUUAGAGAUCGGCUGAUACUGAUUGUUCAAAAUCCCGAGCAAACGAUGGUCAGAAAGCUCUGCCGAUAUUUUUGGGGCUGAUAUGUUGGGCCAGUUUUGAUGCUUUUCCCAAAUUAUGCAAGUUAAAUUUAUUACAAGUUGUGUAGUCACGUUUUGCGCAGCUUUCUCUUCAGUGUGUCAAUUUGUGUGUAUCUUUGUGUGUAUUUUUUAGGCAGCAGUUCAACCAAAAAAAAUAAUAUUUGGCCUGUGAUAGAGAUUUAAAGCCCAAAUAUUGGCCUGAUAUAUCGGCCAACCAAUAUAUCGAUCUGUUGGUUUUUUUUUAGAUUAGAUUAGAUUGAACUUUAUUGUCAUUACACAUGUAUAAAUACAAGGUACCAAAAUGUGGAUUGACGAUUAAAUCAGAAGUGCAAGUACGAUAUAUACAGAAUGUGGAGUAUAUACAGUAUCGACAAUAUACAGUAUAUUACAGUGUAGAUUGAAGUGAAUAUAUACAAAUAAAUAAAUAUGACAGUAUAAACAGGAGGGAAUUAGAUAUAAAAUACAUAGGAGAUAUAUAAGCAGAUGGAUUUUAGAUUUUUAUGUAUUUAUGUAAUGUAAGAUUUUAGCUGUAGAGAGUAGAAUAAAUAACUUCUGUGGCUUAUUAUUAGUUUAUUCUGCUGUUAAUUUGUUGCAGCUCAUGCUUUUUAAUGAUGAUAUUUGUAAAAAAAAAAAAAAAAAAAAAGGGAUUAUGCUGGUUUGUGCCAGUGGAAUGAAAUAGUUUCAUUUUUAUUAUUUAUCGCAUUAUUUCUCCAUAGCACUAUAUCGCUCUUGGAAAUCUGUUAUCGUGACAGGCCUAUUUACAGGUCAGAUCCAUAGAUAUUUAAUGCCAUACUGUGGAACAUUCUUGCCCAGGCUGGCGCCACUUAGUGCCUCUGUGCAAUUUAAUUUCUCCCUAGCGAUUAGGUCAGGAAUCGGAAUACACAAGACGGUUUGCAAAAACUCCGGAAGUACGAGUUCGGGCACCAGCCAGUCAGCGAAGAGACAUAAAUUCUGUUUUGUCAACGAUUCCCGAGAUCGAGGAUUUAAAGCUGGAGCACAGAGAAUGUUUGGUGAAUUUUAUCAAGGGGAAAGAUGUUAUUGUCCUUCUUCCUACGGGAUUUGGAAAAAGCUUAAUAUACCAGCGCCGCAUUACAUAAGUCACGACCAAAUAGCAGCGAUUGGUUAAAUAAAAAAGUACCCGCCUACCGUCGAGUGAACAAAUUCUAACACUGUGAGGUCAGACGGUUUCCAUGAAGUGAAACCGUCUGAUGAAUCAGGCGAGAACAUUCCAGGCAAAUCAACAACAUCGUCAUGUAGAACACCAGGUUUCAGACCCCUCGCCUCUACCAAAAAGCUCCAUUAUGCCCCUUUAACGUUUUGUUAAAAUGAAGAGGAAAGGGUUUUUGUUUUUCUGACUGUUUCUGUUCUGUGGUUUCCUCUGCUCCUCUCAGAUACGACGCUUCGUUCUUAUUGGCCCAUUACUUCAUGUGGUGUGCUGGUGCGUGUUUGUGUCGGCUGUGGUAGGACUUUAGACUUGACAUGUUGAUUCUGUAUUUUCACAAAAAGCUCAGAUGAAGGUGAUAAUAUGGAUGUUACUUGUCUUAUUAAACAUAUAAUUAUUUUUAUUUAUAUGCAUUCACUUGCACAGUAUUACAGGACCUUAUAGAAGUUUGAAUUAUAGUGCACUUUAACUAUUUUUCUUACACGGUCAGUUCUCCAGUACUGUAUAGUUUGGACUCUCUUCAGGUUAAGCUGCUUUUACCAUGAAUGAACCACUUCUACUGAAACAUACUGUAGGUUGUCUUAUUGUGGGAUGCUUGGAUGAGUACGAACUGAAGUAGUGAAUGUGAAUCCACUGUACCUACCUGUAAGAACUCAGGGGUGAUGGAGGAGUGACAGGUUUGCUUUUAAAAGAUGAAAUAGCAUCGUUACAGACGUGUGUAUUAGACGAUAUGUGAAUUUAAAAUAGCACUGGUGAUGAUUUCAAUAAAUUCUUCAAUAAACUUACA